AUGGUAUAUAGCAGGAGCCCGGCAGGUAACACGCAGCUGUGUGGUGGCGACACCAUGCUGGGCCUCUGGCUCCUGGGCUGCUGGGCUGUCUUGGGCUCUGCCUUCGCUGGGCAGGAAGGCUGCGGGAUCCCCGCCAUCCCUCCUGAGGUCAGUGGGCUGUCCAGGGUGGUCGGUGGGGAGGACGCUGUCCCUGGCUCCUGGCCCUGGAUGGUGUACAUUCAGUACAAAGAUGGCAUCUACUUCUGCGGUGGCGCCCUGAUCAGUGAGGAAUGGGUGGUCACUGCUGCCCACUGUAUGGUCACGACAGCUGACAAGGUGGUGGCAGGGGAGUUUAAUCUGGAUUCUGAUGAGGAGGAUGUCCAGGUCUUGGACAUUGCAGAGGUGAUCAGUAACCCCGAUGCCAGUAUAGAGCCUGUGCACAAUGACAUCGCGCUGCUGAAACUGGCCACCCCGGCCCGCUUCACCGACACUGUGUCCGCCGUGUGCCUGGCCUGUGACGAGGCUGACUUCCCGCCAGGGUCACCGUGCGUCAUCACAGGCUGGGGCCAGACGCUCUUGCCCAACACUGAGAAUUCACCCACGCUGCAGCAGGCAGUGCUGCCCCUCGUGUCCACUCCCGACUGUCGGAAGUACUGGGGUGCUAACGUCACAGAUGACAUGAUCUGCGCCGGAGGCAACGGGACCGGCCCUUGCAUGACAUGGCUGCCCGAGUACGGGUGUGUGUGUGUGUGUAUUUGUCUGGAAGGGAAGCAGAGCGGGGCGCAAGAAUCUGAGUUCUCUGACCAGGAUACUGCUCGCCUCACACUGAGCUGCAAAUGUGGGAUACCAGGCUGCGGGAUCCCCGCCAUCCCUCCUGAGGUCAGUGGGCUGUCCAGGGUGGUCAAUGGGGAGGACGCUGUCCCUGGCUCCUGGCCCUGGCAGGUGUCCUUGCAGUAUGAAGGCUUCCACUUCUGCGGUGGCGCCCUGAUCAGCGAGGAAUGGGUGGUCACUGCUGCCCACUGUGGGGUCACGACAGAUGACAAGGUGGUGGCGGGGGCGUUUAACCUGGAUCCUGAUGAGGAGGGCGUCCAGGUCUUGGACAUUGCAGAGGUGUUCCCGAAUGAGAAUUAUUUCAUUAGUGGUACUUACGACAUCGCGCUGCUGAAGCUGGCCACCCCGGCCCGCUUCACUGACACUGUGUCCGCCGUGUGUCUGGCCUGUAACGAGGCUGACUUCCCGCCAGGGACACCGUGCGUCAUCACAGGCUGGGGCCAGACCCAAUACGACGACCAUCAAAGAGCACCCACGCUGCAGCAGGCAGUGCUGCCCCUCGUGUCCACUCCAGUCUGUAAGGAGAUCUGGGGCGACCUGGUCACAGAUGACAUGAUCUGCGCUGGAAGUGACGGGACCUCCCCUUGCAUGACAUGGCUGCCCGAGUACGGGGUGAGGGCUGAUGGGGGAGGGAGGCAGGUGCAGUGUGUCAGCUGCGAUGGUGUCAGAUCCCCGUGA